AUGAGUGAGAGCUCGGGAGAGGCAUCGGGAGAGGUGUUUGGUACCCCAAAAGGUACAGUAACCGGCAGAAGCAGCCCCUACUGGCUGGAAGACACUUUUGGGAGCAGCGUGCUCGAGCUGAGCGGGAAUGCGCAAGAAUCCGAGGGAAAAGGAGUGGUGCUGGAGGGCGACGAAGAAUUCGUCGUGAGAAGGUAUAAACGGAAGAGACAGGGGACUCCUUCAAUGACGGCGGAAGCUAAAAUCGUAGAGGCCAACAAUAAAGAGCUGAGUGAAUAUAUUGGGAAACUGAAGAAGAACAGCGAACAGCUAACCAAGCUACUGGGAAGCAAUCCUAAUACCCAGAAGGGUAUUAAACAGACUAUCGAGGAUCUUAGCUACAUUAUCAAGAAUUUUGCUAGGAGGCACGAGGAAUGGAAGGCAGAUCAUUGUGCAGCCAUGCAGAGGGACGAAACGGCUUGCACAGAACCGCAGGUGGUGGUGCAGAUGAGGGAGAUAGGCACGCAGACUCACGAAUCGUGGCCAGGAACUAGGGAGAUAAGCACGCAGACUCGUGAAGCUGAAUUGGUAACUCUGGACGGAGUGGAGGGUUUCGAGGCGGUCUUGGAGCUCAUAGACAAGGAGUGGUCGGAUGAAACAUUCACGGCUACCAGAGUGGAGCAUAGCGAUCCGGGGGCUUGCAUAAACAGGAUGGACACGGCGCUCGUUAUCGACCCAGAGGACAAAGGAGAGAAGGGGGUUAUGAAGGUGAUGCACGGAAAGUUUCCAGAGGCACGUGAGAUGCUCAGCACCCUGAAGGAAGGUACCAUCAAAUAUUUAAUGAGGGCCACUAAGACAUUCACGAGCAGAGGAGAGGAUAACGUGAAAACGGGAUACGUAUACCUGUUACCGCACAUUGGGGAAUCAACUGGAGAGGAAAGCCUAGAGAGGCUUUACAACCUGUUUGUGAGCCUCAAAGAAAUCCUAGUUGCGGAGAAGCGAUCGCAAAUAUAUGUAGCCCUCCGAGAGGGAUUGAACAGGGAUAGUGCCAGAAAGAUGCUAGAAUGCGUUCUACACGAAACGGAGAUAACAGCCGCUAUUUGCACCCCGGAUACUGAAAGAAGGCGCACCUUCGACCGACAGAGGAGCCGGAAGCCAGUAGAGACCGUAACGGUGAAGGCAGAAGGUAAGACCUAUGCAGAACUGCUCCGCUCAGUCAAGGACGGAGUGAACAUAGAGAACAUUGGAGUGAGCAUUUCCAAGGUCCGAAGAUCACAGAAAGGGGACCUGGUGCUCACAGUAGAAGGAGGAAAGGGUAUGGCGGAAGCCUUACGCGAGGAGAUUGCAGGAAAACUGCAGACAGCCGUAGUGAAGGCGAGGACAAAUGGCACCAUGCUAUUCAUCGCAGGGAUCGAUGCGGCUACUACACCAGACGAAAGCGACGGCAAUGUUCAAGAAAUAGGAGAAGUCUUCACGCGGACCAGCAUCGAGUACUGAGGAGGCAGCCUGCAGGUGUGUGUACAAUACAUCAUCAGUCUCGCACUUGAGAGGCUUCAUACAGAUUAUCAACAUUGUCUUCAGCUGCAAGAGUUUGCUCGAUCUAGCACAACUCCUUCGGACCUAUGUUAUUGAAAAAUAUCCUCGUUAUUUUUACACUUGAUAUUAACCCAUGUAGAUUCAUUCCUCAUCAAUCCCACGACUUUUUGACGAUGAUGCUGAGGUCUGUUUC